AGCGGACACUGACGUGUUCCUCUAGCAGUAUGACAAAGUAUCCCUCUUUUUCCUCCCCUUUUCCUCCAGUCUCUAUCUCUCUUCRUCCAUUCCAGUCUUCCCCGUCCGCUUUCUCUCCACAUCGCAGUUUAUCAUCUCUCUGCACUGAAGCUCCCGCACCUGCUUCUCACCACUGCCCGCUAGACACCGACUCAACCAGCAUCCAGCCCCGGGAAUGAUACCCUUUCUCCCGGACACUACGGGAGUAGAGGCCAGGGGAUAGGUCUGCUUUUUGGUCUGUUUUAUAAGCUAUUUGUGGUUUAUCGGAAAGGUUGUGGGCUGAAGGCAUGUUAAGAGGGAUUACCUAUUGUUUUUAAGRGGUUCGCUUCGUUGCUCUGUUGUUCGAGGGAUAUGAUCAUCUCCACUUUUAUCCGGGAAGAGACUCAGCAAACGGUCCCGACCCGACGCGGACGUGACUAUGUUUUCAUAACACUAAAGGGGAUGAAUUUGGAGAUUUAUGACAGUUUAUUGGAGAUAACAAGAAACAAAGUCCUCAUGUCAAAAUAAUGGUCUUAUGUGGUCAUUAAAAUUAUUUUGGAGAGUGAAAAUUGUCGCCGAACGUUCGAAUAAUGCUUGGGUGUGAUGGAGUGAGGUAAAGUGAGUGCACGGCUCAGAUGUUUAUCUCCUAACUUCGGCAAGAUGAAAUCGCUCUUCUACAGCCGCUUCUUCAUCCUCCUGCCCUGGGUCCUCAUCGUCAUCAUCAUGAUCCAUAUUGACACACGGACGUCCGUCCGAAGUCCAGCCCUGGGCCGCGGAGGGGGUGCACAUAGGCAAGACAGAACCAGCCCACCCCGGGCCAACCGCUCCGCUCUCCCGGUAAUCUACGCCAUCACCCCGACCUACAACCGGCCAGUCCAGAAAGCUGAACUUACCCGGCUUGCUAACACCUUCCGCCAGGUUCCUCGCUUCCACUGGAUAGUAGUGGAGGACUCGAGUGUGCGCACGGAGCUGGUGGUGCGCUUUCUCGCCCGCUCGGGGAUGCAGUACACACACCUGAACAUCUUUACGCCCCGCCGGUUCAAACGUACCGGGAUGCCCCGUGCUACUGAGCAGAGGAACACGGCUCUGUCGUGGCUGCGGUCGCAUCGCUCCAGCAAGGACGUGGGGAUAGUAUUCUUCGCGGAUGAUGACAACACAUACAGUCUGGAACUGUUUGAAGAGAUGCGUUCGACGCGGGGUGUGUCAGUGUGGCCGGUGGGGCUGGUCAGUGGGCGGAGGUACGAGCGCCCCAUAGUGGAGAAGGGCAAAGUGGUGGGCUGGUACACUGGCUGGAGGCCCGACCGCCCCUUCGCCAUCGACAUGGCAGGUUUUGCAGUGAACCUCCAAGUGGUCCUGGGGAGCCCACGGGCGUUGUUCAAGCGUAGGGGUUCCCAGCCUGGCAUGCAGGAGUCUGACUUCCUGAAACAGAUCACCAAGGUGGGGGAGCUGGAGCCCAAAGCCAACAACUGCACUAGGGUGUUGGUGUGGCACACUCGUACAGAGAAGGUGAAUCUGGGCAACGAGCCCAGACAUCGACAGGACAGUGUGGUUAUCGAGGUCUAAGGGGUGGGA